AUGACUACCCCAAGUACUAUUGCCAUUGAAGUCUUCCGAUCGCAUGAAGACGUCCGCAUGUUUGGCAUUACGCCAGCGUCACAGGAAAAUGGAUAUGCUUCUCGCUACUGGAAUUCCAAAAAGGCUUUGUGGCGUGGUAUUCUUUCUGUUGUCAACGUCAUUGACCAUGAAAGUGAUUCCGAGAAUGACGAUCCCAAGUGUGAAAUUCGUUUGCUCAGCAGGAAAACAGAAGAGAUUUUUGCAAUUGCUCCUUAUAGCCCCGAUGGCCAAGGGUGUAUCUUGACUCCAGACCAUUUGAGGUCUUACGCCAUCACAGUUGCAAACUUAAACAAUAGCAUCACAGUCGGCAUCACGUUUCUAAACAUUCAGGACGCAAAUGAUUUUAACGAAGCCUUGAGAGAGUACCGACGUAGUGUUGCUUCAGAACCACCUGUCCCAGCGCUGGCCGCCUCGGAUUUUAGUUUGGCAAAGGGGCAGUCCAUCCACAUCAACUUAAAAAAGUCAGACAGCAAUGACAGCAAUGACAGCAAUGACAGCAAUGACAACGAUGACAAUGAUGCAAUUACCACUACCACUACCAUUACUACUACUUCGGUCCCGACAAUUGCACCGCCAACUAUUGCCCCUCCACCACUGUUACCACCCCCUCCUGUGACCUCAUCUUUUACUCAAGAAGAAGAUGAUGACGAUGAAUUUGGUGACUUUGUCUCAUAA